UCUUUCAAUAUUUGUUCGUUGCAAGUAUUUUUAGAAAAUAUCUCAAUAGGCAAAAGCAGAAAAUAAUCUUUUCAGGUUUUUGUCGGUCAGCGCAAUGGUCGAGGAUUUGUUUGCCUAUUGAGAAGAUAUUCCUAGUUUCGAAUUGUGUGAAAAGUGUUUCAGGCAUGUGCUCCAUGUCCGUGUUGUGUCCACUGUGCGCGGUGCCGAGUUUCAGUAGCAUCGACGCACUGCAGCAGCGUCUAAUCAAGGCGGCCAAUGGCCCUCUGGCCUGUCCCUUUCCCAACUGUAAGGAGCUCUUUCUGGGUCUGGACAAGCUGACCAUACAUCUAUUUAGUCACACCAGCCUGAUGAGCCAGCCCGCGGCUGAGCUCCCUCCGACUAAUAGUCCUGCUGCAGCUAGUCCGCCUCCUGCUGCGGCAGUUCUUAAGCGACGUGGCAAAAAGUCGCGUGCCAAACCCAUCGAGCUGGUGCCCCCGAUGCCUUCUACGCCUCCUGCCAGAUGUGACAUUUGCGAGUUUAACUUUCGCAACGAGGAACUGCGAGACAUUCACUUCCGACUGGUGCAUGAGAAUGCGGAGAUUACAGAGCCAGCGCUGGGACAUCAGCAGGAGCCCUACAAAUGUCACCUGUGCUCCAAGACGUUCCGCAUGAAGGGUUCCUUGCGUGUGCAUCUCAAGGUGUUGCACACGGUCGGCGCCAUCACGAGUGCCACCAGCAGCAGUCCGAGCAACAACAGCAUCAACAACUGCAGCAACAGCAAUCUGAGCAACAAUGCGAGCAAUAGCAAUGGCCACAUCAUUAGUGCCACGCCCAAAAUCAGCAUUUGCGAUCGCAUUCGGCACAAGGAGGCAUCGUCCACCAAUGGCAGCAGCGCCUCCACUGCGAACAGCAACACCCAGCCGUAUGCUCUGAGUGGCGCCAUCUACAUGCUCAAGCAGGAGCUGCCCGCUGCUGCGGAGACGGCAUCUGGUUCAGAGUACGGCAGCACGCCCAAAAACUGGGAGUGCGACGUGUGCACCAAAAUGUUCACCACCAAGUAUUUCCUGAAGAAGCACAAGCGUCUGCACACGGGCGAGAUGCCCUACACCUGCCAGUACUGCGCCAGAACCUUCACCUUCCAGCAAUCCUAUCACAAGCAUUUACUCUACCACAGCGAGGUGAAGCCGCACGCCUGCGGCAUCUGUGGUCGCGCCUUCAAGGAGCUCUCAACGCUGCACAACCAUCAGCGCAUCCACAGUGGAGAGAAGCCAUUCAAGUGCGAGGUCUGCGGUAAAUGCUUUCGGCAACGUGUCUCCUUCCUGGUGCACACACGCAUCCACACGGGAGUCAUGCCCUACAAGUGCGAGCUGUGCAAGAAGACAUUUCGCUAUAAGGUCUCGCUGCGAACACACAAAUGUGAGCCACAGACUCCGGAGCAGCUGAUCAAGGCGCUGCUGGACUCCAAUGUGAGUGCGGCCACUGUGCAGGCCGAGCACACAGCGAGCAAUGCGGCCAUUCACAUGAAUGGCACCACCGAUCAGGAGGCGUUGCUCUCGCAAACAAUUGAUGACAUUGUCGUGGAGAGCUGCCAGAAGCUGGGUAUUUGCAGUGUGGAGCCGCCGCAGCAACCACAGCCGGUUGUUAUGGACAGUGGCGUGCAGUUUGAUGGCAGCGGCUCCCCGCUGCAGCAGCUGCAGAAUUUGCGGCUCUACUCGCCGCAGCAAACAGAGCCAUCCAGUUCGGAUGGUGAGCUGUUCCGUAACUUCCUCAUGGACGCCACGUAAUUGUGUUCCAAUUUCAUUUGUUUGUUUAUUUUUGUGUAUUCUUCGUAAAUUACAUGCAGAAAA